GGUAUGCGGAAAAUUCGUCGCCUCGGAAGCCACAAACGUAGUAGUCGUUUGAACGCCUUCGAGCAGUGCGGUAGUUUCGUCCUUCCGGUAGCGUGUCGAAGACGCAUGUGUGUAGUACAUCAACAGUCGCGUGACGACUGACCUGUCCUGUGUGUGUUUGUGCUUUUUUUCGAUUUUGUUUUUUUUGUACACUCACCGUCUCUGGUUACGCGUAGUACGCGCCGGGAUGUCCGUUCAACACGAAUGCACCUCACGCCAUCGAGCACGCGGUCCGGGGUUACACACACGUGUGUGUGGGUGGGUGUGUAAACGCAAAUAUUUAGUGCGGUGUUUCCAAUGUUUGGCAGUUUGGGUAGCGUUUUUUUAAAUACGCAACCUUGUGCAGUUUCACAUUGUUGUUUACUGUUGUAGUUUAGUGUACAGUGAAACGAAUUAAGUUCAUACCGGAAAAUUGCUAAUUCCCCCUGCUUGUGCUUUGUUCUGCUUGGGCACCUCGGUGUACGAUAAGAAUUAAUUGUUUUCAAGGGCACAAUUUUGUCGUGAAUCACCCGACCAGGGUCGUUGUGCGAGUGUAGUGAAACCAUAGAGGCAAACAACAAAUCCUCAACCAUUAAGUUACUAGUGUCCAACAACAUGCACUAACCGAGCAACAGCCGUCGAACAGACAUCGCGAGCGAGCGAGGAACGCCUAGAAUGAUCAGUACGGAUCGGCGUACCGUGCCGGAUCUGACAUUGACCACCAGCCGGAUCCUUCCGUUGCGUCGUAGCCACCACCAACGCCUCCUCCGCCACCAGUGCCGUCCAGCUAGUAGCGUCACCUGUUGGCGCAAGAACCAGACCGCAACAAGAUGAGUGACAAGCUUACCGGUGGACGGUACAACCGUAUCAGUCCAUCCUCGGGACGGGGGUCCAUCAUAGCCUACUCGCCACUGCCGAAGUCGGAGCAGGACUGUCUGCAGGCUCCCGGGAACAACUGUCUGGCGAUACCGUUAUCUGCCAUCCAGACGACGGCCGAUCAUAGUACCGCCGGCCACCAUGGUCCACAUCCGGUCAAUCUUACGCACGCCAACUCCCUGCCUGUGGUCGGUGGCGUUGGUAUGCCGGGCAAACUACCGAACGCUGGUGGGCACGGACUGCUGGUACACGGCGACGGACAGAAACAUGCUGCCAACCAACACCACAACAACAAUGGGAACAACAACCACAACAACAACAACAAUACGAAUCAUAAUUCCAGCGGAAAGCGCUUUAUUAUCGUCAGUGACAUCAAGAAAACAGCUGUUCCGGGCAAUGUACUUCGCCACGCGAGCACUGCUCCGUAACAUGAAAGGUGAACAGUUUCCGGACCUGCUUCCGAUUACACUCGUGCUGACCGACGAACCGUGUCUACCGGUUUGCGGUUUGCG